GGGAGACAGACCUCACACCUCGAUUUGGCCCCAGAUUUUCGCGAUGCACAGUUUGCAGGGGUCUGGAAAAUGUGGGCUCCUCACCCCCUUCACUCAUUCAUUUGAGUUUGGCAUUUCAGAUCGCUUUAACCAGUCUCUGCCUUGCUACUGUUUGUACCGUAUUGAUAGUUCCACGCCCUCUAUCCACCGCCAUGCCUCUCCCAGACAAAUAUGAGCUGCCAGCUGCAGCGGACUUCCACGUUCACGUUCGUGAUGGCCCCAUGUCUGCCGCCGUCGUGCCCACGAUCCGGCAGGGUGGCGUCAACGUGGCAUACGUGAUGCCCAAUCUGGUCCCUCCUGUGACCACCGUCCAGAUGGCCCUCGAGUACAAGCAGCGUCUGCUGCAAGUGGACCCCGCUGUCACCUACCUCAUGACCCUGUACCUCCACCCCUCCAUCACGCCCGAGGUUGUGCGUGAGGCCAGGAAGGCCGGCAUCGCGGGCAUCAAGAGCUACCCGGCAGGUCUGACCACGAACUCAGAGUCUGGAGUGACAGACUAUGAGCAGUUCUACCCCGUGUUCGAGGCCAUGGAGCAGGAGGGUCUCGUUCUGAACAUCCACGGCGAGUGCGCCAGCGAUCACAAGAAGAACAUCACCAUCAUGAACGCCGAAGCGAGCUUCCUGCCGACCCUGAAGGCGAUCCACACGAGGUUCCCGAAGCUCAAGAUCGUCCUGGAACACUGCACGACCGCGGAUGCCGUCAAGGCUGUCGAGGCCUGCGGUGACACCGUCGUCGGGACCAUCACAGCCCACCAUCUGUUCCUCAUUGUCGAUGACUGGGCAGGGGAUGUGUUCCACUACUGCAAGCCAGUUGCAAAGAUGCCCAACGACCGCCUCGCCCUGCUCCGGGCCGCCGUCACCAGCAAGGGCAAGUUCUUCCUGGGCACCGACUCGGCGCCGCACGACAUCAGCGCCAAGAAGGGCAAGGGCAACACCGCGGCCGGCGUCUUCACGCAGCCCUACGCCGUCGCCUACGUGCUCACGGCGCUGGAGGAGGCCGCGGCCAGGGGCGACAUCGAGGAGGCCCAGGUCACGCAGGAGCUGCUGGAGGGCUUCCUCGGCGGGUUCGGGCGCCGGUUCUACGGGGUUGGCCCCCCCGCGGAGAGGAUCGCCGUGGAGAGGAAGGACGAGGUCGUGGUGGACAGCAUCAGGGGCGAGGGCAUCGAGGUCGUCCCCUUCCGGAAGGGCAAGCCCACCUGGAGCGUGCGCUGGCUGUGAGGCGCGCUUUACAGAUCACAAACCCGUGGGAGGUAAUCACAUAGGAGCACUUGAGGUCAUCAGAUAGGAGAUCACCUCAUAAGAGGUUGCCCCUUUGGAGGUCGCCCCGUUGGAGGUUAUACCGUGAGAGAAAAGAACAGCAGGAACUCGUGGGUGGCAUGGGUGUUGCCAUUCACUCUAUAGCUGGAUUGUGUGUAACCACGUCACUAUAGUCAAAGACCAAAACACCGCAUGCCUGAAAACCUGGUGAUGAUGGGCCCUUGGUGUUUCUGGUGGACGCCCCACCAAUGCAGUCUCCCCUCGCGUGGACGAAUUCGCCGUUUUUCUUUUCUAGUAUACACAGUGAUGCUAAGCUAAAUGCCGCAUCCAAGUAAUGGGGGAAGGAACCGGGCCCCCGAGUUGUUUCCCUUGGAUCGAGAGCCCGAAAAAGCAGCGCAAAACUCAACGCCGCGGAUUCCACCCGUGCCUUCCCACGGCUGGGGCGAGUAAAAAAUGCGAUUCGCGUGUCCUUCGGUUCCGAGCAGGAGAAACCAAGUGGAAGGAGCGAUUAGGAGGGGAAAAAACAACAACAACAACACAAGGAAAACGAAAAGGAAAUAAAAACCACCCAUCCAACCGAUCCAUCAAACCAUCAAACCAUCAAACCAGGCGGCCGGCGGGGUCGUUUGUCGUCAGCAUCGUCAAUCCAAUCCAUCCAAACGUAGAGACCAAUCCAAACAAACAGUCCAUCUCGGCCAGCCAGAUCCCCGAGGCCUCGUAGGAAGGGGCAGCUGGGCCGCCGACAGCCGAGCGCGCCGAGGCAAGCGCAGCGCGAGGUACCAGCCAAGAUCCAUCGGGAGGAACGACGAGGGGAAGCCGAAAGCCCGACCAGGCAGGCCGGCGACACGCAAGGCAAGGCGAGGCGACGAGGAAGGAGCCGGGACAGCCAGGGCCGACGGUGUGGCAAGACGGAGGGAGCAGAGCAC